AUGGGUUCAAUCGAUACUGUUAACGAUUUUCAGCAAGAUCUUGCAGGAAAAAAUGCCCUAAUCACUGGAGCGACACGAGGCAUUGGUCGAGCUAUCGCUCUCAAUCUCGCCCGGCGGGGAGCUAACAUCAUUGGGACAAGCUCCUCUGAGGCUACCUUGCACCUUUUCAAGUCUCUCGAGGCCGACAUUGCUGACAGUUAUCGUCACCAUCAAGCUUCCGUACCACGACUCAUAGGGGUACCAGCUAACAUCUUAUCUCUUGAAACUCCCGAACUCCUGGCAGACUCGGUUAAGGACCACUUCAACGGAGAACUCAACAUCUUGGUAAACAAUGCCUGUUACGAUGAGAUGCGACCGAUGGGAAGCCUUGAUGAUGACUUUGUGCAAAAGGUCUUGCUUGGAAACUGUCAUCAUCCGGUAAUGUUAAUGGAUGUGCUUUAUCGCAGGGGAUAUAUCAAGCCCUACUCUAGAAUCAUUAACCUCUCGAGCAUUUCCGGCCGUCAAAUCCCUUUCCCCCCCAUGUAUCUCGUGGGAGCUUCCAAGGCGAUUUUGGAAGCGCUGACACGCACAUGGGCAACCCUCCUUGCAGAAGACACUGCAACGAAAGGAACCACUGUUAAUGCGCUUUUGGUUGGCGCGACUGCCACAUCAGCGCUUAUCCGUGGAGCCCCUGAUGUGCUGAAGGAGAGGGCGAGGGAGGUUCUUCGCUCUGGUAUUCCGAUCUUGGGUGACGCUGGAAUGGGACGACCUGAAGACGUGGCCGAUGUUGCUGGGUUACUCGUUGGCGAGAAUGCUCGUUGGAUUACUGGUGGUAUCGUGAGCGCAAAUGGUGGGGCAUUCCCAAGAGUCAUGUAG